UCAGAAGCUUUGAAUGAGUAUUUUACAAACUGAAGAAUUGGAUUGCUCUAGUUAGCGGCUGGGCUGGAAAGAACCGAGAGUGUGGCCUUAUUGCGGGAAGUGACCCUACUCUUGGACCGUGUGUUGUGGGGGGGGAGAAGAAAGUCGUGACCUUGGUCCUUCCCCACCCCAGGAGUGGUCAUGAUGACUCCCAGUGGGGAUUUGAUGGACACCCAUCUGCAAACUGCCUUUUCCACCCCCAGCAGGAUUCCCGUGUUGGCCCGGAAAUGCCUGCUUCUUUCUGGUGGAGGGUCCCAAGCCUCGGGCCAGGAGAAUCGGGAUCCAAAGGAGAUGAUGCAGAAGAAGAUGUUUGGUGCUCAGCUUCUCCAGAAAGACCUAGUCAGCCCUAGGCAGAAGCUGAAACAGCAGACUGUGGGCCUGAAGGGAAGCCUUCGACCCCGGGCCCCACUGGAGGAAAUCAGCCCAGGCUCUGUGGGGCAAAAUAUGGAGGCUGUUCCUCCGCCUAGGCCAGGUGCUCCUUUAAGGUCUAGAAAUACACCUCUCUUGGCUGUUGACUGCUGCUUAGAUGGAAAAGAGCCAGCCACAGCAAGGUCGACUGGGAAAGGGGCAAGACUGAUGGACCCUGGAGAUUUGGCCACCAUGCUGUCAAAGGUGGAGGUGACUAGCAGUGGUCACAGCUGCCAGACGGGUCUGGCCCAAAGAGUACUGAUCCGGGGGAACCAAAACCAAAAAUGUGCCUCCUAUGGGAUACAGACCCCAGGACGUUAUACCAGAUCUUCAUUCUUCAGUAGCAAUCAAGAGUCAACAGAAAGAAAUGUCAUCAGCCAGACCCAGAUGGGCAGUGAUUCAGGACAGCCCUGGAUAAGAACUAGGCUACCAGCUCACCAACCCCCAGGAGAGCCGACCAUCCCCGCCUCCUCCGAAAUGCUGAACAGUUCCCAAAGUAGACGUGAAACCCACAGUCUUGCUCAGCAGGUGCCACUGAAAGGAACACAUGAAGCCCCUCUCCCCAUGGAUAGCCCUAGCUUCCCUUGGACCUCUUCUCCUCUCAUUCAGUUCACUCCUGGCCAGGUAGGCCAUGCCUCGCCCUUUGGACUGGCUAAUCGUGUACCUGUCACCCAUCCGCCAGCUCUGACCUCCUACUCUGUGGUACGUCAUGUGCCCGUCUUCUCCAAGACUCCUCAGGCCACCCGUGCUCCAACUUCCAGUGUUCAGCAGGAGCAGAUUGUUGUCAGGCAGUUGUAUGAAGAGAGCUGGGCAAAUCUGGAGGAGGAACCUGAGAAACCCUCCCCCGUAACUCCUCUAAACAGAACGUCUUUGGAACUGAGCAAACACAAGGCAGACCCCAGGGAUACGGAUACAGGGGUAGCCACCCCAUCCAACAAGACGUCCCUGGAACAGAGCAGAUAUGAGGUGGGCCCCAAAGAUGUUGGGGUAGCAGCUUCAUCAAACAGGAUGUCCCUGGAGCUGAGCAGGCAUGAGCGCAUCAAUAUCUUGAAGCAGCUAUUACAACAGGAGGUAGAAGGGCUGGCUAAAGUAGAGGAUAGCCACCAGAGUGGCCUGUCUCACCUAAAAAUGACUGAGCCCAAGUUGGCUAUGAUUCCUUGUGCAAUGGAACCCUCAGAGCAUGGUUCUUCACUUCCCAGCCUCCAAGGACCUAUGCAGCACCCCGAUGUUGGGGAACCCAUCUCCACUGGGGGCCCAGGCAUUCAAGAACUCAUACAGCAGCCUAACGUUGGCAUGCACACCACAGCUUCCACCAACCUGACCUUUUUUCAAUGCCCACUCUGUGGCAGCAUUCCUCUCCAUUCUCUUGACUCCCUAAGGAAUCCCAUGGGCACUAUAGGUCCUGCUGUCAUAGCCCUAUGCCGGCAACUAAAUGCAUGGCUGGAAGCCAUUAGACUCCUCUAUGAAGCCUGCCUGGAUGACGAGUGUGCCUUCUAUACCGGGCGAGGCAUUCCUGGUCCCCAGAGGAUCUGUAAGAAUCCCGUAGCCACAUGGCUGGAGAGGCAGGAGGCCAUGGAUUUUGUUCCAAUCACUUCUCCAGCUACCUAGGACUAUUCCAAACCUCCCCACACUUCAUUCCUCGUUAUUUAUUAUACAUGGACCUUAUUUUUUUUAAUCUUUCAAUAAAAUGUUAUGAUCAUA